GGGAUCGUUACCAUGACAUAAGGUGCUCACAAAGGUGAGAGGAGUGAAGUGGAAAGAGACCUGAAAGGAGAUAGAGGGAGUCAAGUCUCCAAAGGACUCACUGGAGCCUUCCUGAGAGAAAAAGUGGCAAAAAACCACAGGAUUACAUAAGUGCGUACGGAGAGAGCAGCUGCAAGAUUACACGAUGCAGAUUAGAGAUUACGUUGAUUCAGCAGAUUGUCCUGUGCAUGUCUGAGAAAGAUUACACCAGCAGAGUUAAGAAUACCCAUUUGCUGUGAUCUUCUUGUAUGGACGGGACUUAAAGAGCCAGAGAAGCCAUUUGAGGUCCCAUGAAAAACAGAACUGUCUGCUUAUACAGUGCCGUUUUAGAAGAAUAGCCUCUGAUCAAGAAUAAAAAUUGUUGUCGGAAUAAUAUGCGAACAGAUCAUGAAGAACUCUGUGGCACCAGUUAUGGAUCUUUUUGUCUAAAUGGAGGGAUUUGUUAUAUGAUUCCUACUGUAUCCAGUCCAUUCUGCAGGUGUAUUGAGAAUUACACAGGAGCCCGUUGUGAGGAAGUUUUGCUGCCCAGCAUCAAGUCCCAAGCAAAAGGUGACCUGUUUGCAGCUUUCUUGGCUUCACUUCUUCUUCUAGGAGUUCUUGUAAUUGGAGCAUUCUACUUCCUUUGCAGGAAAGCUUCCAUUCCAAGGACAAGUUCUUCAGAGUGUGGUGCCAACCUGGUUGAGACUACAACCAGCAAUGGCUGCAACAAAAUAAUAACUGAGUGAAGCAUUAGAGUGGAAGAAUGGUGGGAAAACAUCAUGCAGAGGAACCCUGAGAAUACAGUGGUGAUAGAGGAUGAUGUGGUAAGCAAGAUGAGAGAAGAAAGUAGACUGAAAUAGGAGGCUUGCUUAUGCGUUGGAGAAGACUGCAGCUAAGACACAGAGAAACAGUUGCACUUACUAGAGUUUCUAUGUGUUUUUAAAGGUGUAUCAAAUUAUACCAAAAUCACUAUAAUCUAUGUUUGAAUUUUGCGAGAUUUUUCAUGACAAGUUACUGUUUUCAGUUAUCCACAGGUAGAAGCAUGAGAUAAUUUUGGCUUUUACUGCAUGGGAAUUAUGAAAUAAUUUUUCUUCACUUCACAGAGAAUAUGAGAUAAUCAUAGGGGUUUUAGCAUGAGGUAAUACUUUGAAUUUUUUAUAGGAUUGUCCUUUUCACAGUAUUGCCCCAGAGGACUUAAGGACUGUCUUGCUUCAAUAAUUUCAAAAUUUAUACCUGUGAUACAUGUACAGAAUUUGGCUUGUUACACUUACCAGAUGUAGGGAACAAAAAAGCACCUUUCUCCAGCUAAUACUGAUAUUUUUUUUAAUGUAAGACAACAUGAGGAUAAGGUAUCACUGCUAGUGUAUUGGUCAGCUUCCUGGCACAAGAUUUCAAUUCAAAUUAAAUGAAAAGAUUAAGAAAAGAGAUUGGUAAUGGUUAAAAGAAGUUUACUAGGCAGAGUAUUUACCCUUUGUUUGGUAUACGUCCCUAAUAUUAAGCAAGACACCUCCCUUGAUAGUUUUGUCUUGCCGCCUUCUGAAAAUCUCACUACUGAGGGAUAUUUAAACCUUACCAUAAAUUUUCCAGUUGAUAUUUCAGAUACUACAAGUUGGGAAUUUUAUUCAUCAGGUCCAUUCCUGACACAAAAUAUUAUCCAGCCAGGUGUCUUGGCUGAACAAGUGCUGCCCUCUCUAAAAAUUUAUUUGUUUUAUUCACUUAACCAUUUCUUGAUCACACCAAUAUAUUAUAUAUCACUAUCUGGUUCCUCACAGGAUUCUUUUACUUGGACAAAUAGAGGCCAAAUGACAUGGUCUGUCUCUCUUUCUGCCUUGACAACACAAAGAGACUGUCUCGUUAGUCAGAGGCAUAGAAAAUGUGAAGUGAACAAUUUUCUUUUGAACUCAUUUCUAGCACUGGAGGUUGAAACCAGCAAAAAUCAGAUACAUUUCCAUAAUGGCAGAUUACCUAGCGGCUCAUUAUAUGGGAUGUAUAAGGUUGUAUUGAAGAGAAAGUUAAUUGAGAAAACUUCAGGAACUGAAAGGGGAGAAAAUGCUGAACGCAGAUUUCUUAUCUCUGAAAUAAAAAAUCUAGUGGUGUAUAAGAAUGUGGGUGCAAAGAAAGCGUUGAGCAACCUUCUAUUCCUAGGAUGUCUACUACACACUCUAGUGUUAGAAAAAACAGCAUGUAUUUUACAUCAAUGUAGACAAAAGUACAGCAAGACAGAGAAGAAAAGACGUGCUGUUACAGCGUAUAAGGUAAGAAGUCAAAGAGAAAACCGUAUUAUAAUAGCUACUAGAAAACAAAACAGAAAAAACCAUUACCUUCUGAGGAUUCAUAUCAGAGAAGUUAGAGUCCCAGUUAAAGCUCAGCAUCUGAAGGGAGAAUCUGAGGGCACCAAAUCAAAUAGAGGAGCUGAUCCAGAGAAACUCCCAAUCAAGUCAUAUGAAGAACUAAAAGAUCACUUUCUCCACACAUUAAAUGAUCUUAUGUGUUAUUUUCUGGACUUCAAACCUUUAGCAGAUACUCUGAAGGAAGCUGAUAAUAUUGUUUUAAAGGCUAGGAAAGAUAAAGGUGAUUUUUCAUCACAAAGGGACAUGCCGCUGUUAAAUACAGAGUUUAAGACAUUUGUAGCAGUACUGACAGCUACAUUAGAAUCAGUAUUACCUAAAGUACUUUGCAUAGCCUCGGUGAAAAUAAGUCAGGGACCACUGCUUUUAGAUAACUUCCAUAUAUUAAUCAUGAGACAUUCAGACUUAAUAACGUUAAAGUUUGGUAUACUAUUUUCACUGAAGAAGGAAAAGGCUUGUGGUCAUCUUAAGUGGAAAUUCAGGCAAGAAUUAGAAGAUGUAAGAAAUAAAUGGACUGACGUUGUACUCUGUAAACUCUUAGAACACUCUCAGCUUUCUAGACAGACAUGGAAUAGUUAUUCACUGUUACCAAUCUUGUUUGCAUUAUUAGGGAAACAGUUUGUACAAAAAGUGAGGACGAAUAAACUAAAACCAUAUUUAAAUGCAAACAAGUUGAUUUAUGAAACAAUGUUAUCUUUGAAGGAAAUCCUAUUAGCAAUUCCCAGUGCUUCAAACCCCUUGCAUCUGAGAACAUUUCAGCUUCUAAAAUUAAUUAUUUCAAUUCACAAGCUUUGUGAAUUUGAUGUUCAGGUCAGAAUGAGAUCAGGCUACAAAUUCAUUUUAAGGUGGUCAAAUGCCACAGAAAGUACAGGGUAGCCAACAUUAUGUAUAAUUUAAUAAAGUAGUACAACACACUCUAGCAAUGUUUGCUUACAAAAUUAAGCAAGUGGUCCUGUGAGCGAUAAAGCUAAGGAAACACCGGUUCCAGUGGAUCAGAUCUUGUGGUUGGAGUCACUGGCGUCUAAAAAAGCAUUAUGUGUAUAUGCAGGGAUGAGUAAUGAAGUCUCUCUUCUCCGCUUGACUCCUGUUUUCAUGAAAGAAGAUCACAGGUCUUUAAAAUUACCCCUCCACCAGCUGAAAGGUAUGGCAGGAAGAAAAGGAGAAAAGACUAAUUUACUAGGAACCUCCACUAAUAUGGUUAUUAUUAUAGUGUUAUGGCAAAAAUUCUUUUAUACCUAAGGAUCAUGUUUUCCUUCCAGAAUCUUGCAGUAAAGAUCUCUUCAUAAUGCUUUGCAAAAACCUUUUGAUCACUUGCAGAACGAAAUGCCAGCCAUUAGCAGGAAAUCUCUUUAUAGACCUAAAUAAGAGGUUGUUUAUACGUGCUUAUAUAUGUUACUCAGUAUAUAGGUUUUUUUCAUUAGUAGCCCAAACAAAUGCUGGGGCAAAGUACAAUGAAAGGAGGAGAAAUGGCUGUUCAAAGAAAACAAGAAGAUUUCUCUGUGCUGCAUAGUCUUUUGACUUAUAUUGUUAAAUACUAAGCAGGAAAACCAAUGGGAAGUCCAUUUGGUAGCACUUCCCCUUUUAAAGACACCUUCUAUGUUGUGCAACCCCUUCACAAUUUACUGCACUAAAAAAAUUUAUUUUCCUCCUGGCGCUGCAUUUUUAAAGAGCAGUAGAGGGGCUCCAAUAAUAUGACUCUGUUCUUUGAAAAGGGGAAGCAGAGAAGAAACAGGGGAGAGAACUUGCCACAAUAGAAAUGGUGUCUGUGCCAUUGCUUUCUGUUGCGAGUGGGCUGACUAGGAGCUACCAAACUGAAAGGGAAAGUAGUGAGCUUACCUAAAAGGCUAUAAAUUCCUGUUACAUGUUCAGCAAAUUCUGUAUCGGGAGAUAUAUACCUAGAAGGGGCUGCCCAGGGAGAGGGAGAGCUUUAGCCAAAGGUGGUUAUGGAUUUAAUAUGGGACACCCAACUCUUCUACAUUAAAAAACAAAACAAACCAACCCCCUCAAUUAUGUUCCUUUGAUAUUUAGCAUCCUUGCAGAUUUAAAGGACAUCAAGCUACUUCCAGUAAAAACUGAAAAGACUGUGGGUUAGUUUGGGUAAGAGUUUUCACUUUUACCAUGACCAUACUCAAACUCAGGGAUAUUAAUGAAGACUUAUCUGUAUAAGUUCCGGGGGAAAAAAAUGGAACUAAAUUGUGUUAUGAUUCUUUGGCAAUAUCACUUGGAUUAUCAGGAUGCAUAUGUUCACUGUAACCCUCUCAGAUACAAUGCCUUUUGUUGACGUCUAUAUACUUAAAUGAAGAGACGGAAUAUUCCUGUAUCUCAGAUUGUAUGAAAUAAUCAAGAAAAUCUGGACAUAAAUUACUUACUUCUUUGGUUAAGAUCAGUGAAAAGAGUGCUUCUUUCAAGAAAGUACUGCAGUAUUUCCUGCACUUUGGGGGAAAAUGAGCAAAUAAAAAAAACCCCAACCGUGCAUGCCUAAAGAUGUUUAAAAAACCCAACAACUUUUUCAUUAUUGUAUGUAAAAUUAUCUGCUUGUGCUUAUCCAAAGUCUGUUCUUUAUUUUCUUGUGACCGUAACCUGUUCAACAUAAUCUGUAUGUAAUGUGAAAGAGAAAUUUGCGAAGUACCAAAUACAAAUUCUGUGAAAUCCCAAUAGGCAGGUUGCCACUCAGUUCCAUGUUUGGGACUGAUAGUCCACAAAACCUUCCACCAGGAAUUAUUUCUAUAGCUAGCUAAGGGUGUGUAAACAGAACCUGCACAAUCUGAAAUAACAAAAAAAAAUAUUGCUGUUUUCAUCCCCCAAAUUAGAACAAAUUUCUAACACUUUUAAAUGUAUCUGUAUGUCAGUUUGUGUAACAUUUCAAUAUUGUUUUUCAGCGUACAUUAAAAGAGACUGUUUUCAAAUUA